AUGGGCGACUACGAGAGAAGACGUUACCAUGGUGGUGGCGGCGGUGGUGGUGGAGGCUACAACAACAGGAAGAGAAGGUAUCGAGACGACGAUGACAAUGACCACCGACAGUCGCGACGAAGGAUCGAUACCGCACCCCUUCCUGUGAGAGUGCGUAGACAACUCCUCUCUCUCGCCGAAUCCCCGCUGCGACGCUGGCAUGAAGAGGUCCAAGGCAUCGCGCACGUCGUCGCCGAAAACGCAGAGGACGCCGAGCUACGCGAGAGCUUCGUCAGUCUCGUCUUACAGCUUUCGCUAGAACAACCGCUCAAGACACCGUUCGUCGCUGGUGUGGUUCUGCUCGUGAACACGCUCAAGCCCGAGAUUGUGGAUGAGGUUCUCACCAAGCUGAGCGCCGCGACUCAAGAGAAGAUCCAAGCGGGUGAAUGGAGGGAUGUGAAGCUAUAUCUCAAGUUGCUUGCGUGCCUACAAAGCUCUCUGGACGGCGAGGGAAUUUUCCCCGUCCUCGAGGAGCUAUUUGGCCGAGCGGUAGACUUGCAAACCGCGAGUUCUGAUGACACGAUUGGCACCGAGCUUGUGAAGAUCAUUCUUCUCACAAUUCCGUACAUCAUGUCAGCAGCGCCCGAUCAGUGGCUCCAAAAAGCCGCCGACCUGAUGGACAAGACCGAAAUCAUUGCCUCGGAGCCUCACGCCCUGCAAGUUCUAAUCGAUCCGUACCUUCCCGAGAAGCAAGACCAACCUACCGGGUCCAUGAGCUUCAUCGGCAUGCUUCAAAAGCAACUGCAGCAUGAAGCGGCCAACGGAUGGGAGUUAUCUUGCCUGCCUAGGCCCUGGAAGCUGCCCCUAGAGGAGAUCGAAGCACAAGAGAAGCUGGACAAUGCUACGAAGCAUACCCUCCCCACCAUCACAGUACCCGAGAAAAUUGUCGCUGGAUCAAGACCGCUAUUCCCUGAAGUCUACUAUUCAGUUUAUAGCACUCAGGACGUCGAGUCUGUCCCGCCUGUCACGGAUAUUGCAGCGUCAUUGGUCAGAGAUGGCUUGGUUGAUACGAUCAACAUUCUCGACUUCAACCGCAACGUUACUGCGCGGUAUCUUAUUGACCUGGACUGCUAUUUCUCAGACUCAACUUUCGUCAAGCGUGCAACCCCCUUUGACAGACUUCGAGACGUCGAAACUGGCCGCUCAACGUGGAAGCCCGAGGAUGUGGCUGUAGAUGCCGUGUUUUCACAACUCUUCCAGCUUCCACUCCCGGAACACAAGCUUGUUUACUACCACUCAGUCCUCACCGAGGCCUGCAAGAUUGCGCCUGCGGCAAUUGCUCCCAGCUUGGGUCGAGCAAUCCGGCACAUGUACCGCAACUCUAGCCGAAUCGACCUGGAGCUCUCUCAGAGGUUUGUUGACUGGUUCUCGCAUCAUUUGAGCAACUUCGGCUUCACCUGGAAGUGGACGGAGUGGGUAGAUGACGUGUAUCUGCCUGACCUUCACCCUCAGAAGGCAUUCAUCAUUGGCGCUUUGGACAAGGAGAUCCGGCUCAGUUUCGCUCAGCGUAUCAAGGGAACACUGCCCGAGCCAUACCAGCCCCUAAUUGGGCCUGAAAAGGAAAAGGAUGUUCCAGACUUCAAGUUCAGUGAUGAAAAGGGUCGCGAGAUCGCUGCUCUGCUGAGACGCAAAGCACCUGACGAAGAGUUCCAGCCGAUUAUCGAACGAAUCCACUCACUUGCGAUAGAGCGCAGUCUGGAUCCUUUGGUGACGAGUACCGAUGUCUUUGUCACAGCCGUGUGCUGGGUUGGGUCCAAGUCGCUCAGCCACGUGCUCGCGUGUAUUGAGCGUACCAAGGAUCGUCUGCUCGACGUUGGCGCGGCAUCUGAGGCGGCUAAGUCCCAAAUCAUCACCGCAGUCAUGUCGUACUGGGCGGCGCAGCCCGGUGUUGCAAUCUCCAUCGUCGAAAAGCUUUUGAACUACUCAAUCCUUUUGCCCAUUUCUGUCAUUGAGUGGGCUCUCUCCGGAGGCAGCCACGUGCAAGGACAAUCUUCGGGCGAUUCUUUGGCGCAGCCUCACGUCUUUGAGCUGGUGUUUGGUACCGUGUCCAAGGUGACUGGCCGCGUCAGACAACUUCUGACCAAGGAGGCCGAGGCCGACGAGGAUUUGAAGGAGAGAGACACUAAGGCGAUGCGCGAUCUCUUCAAAGCGAUGGAAGAUGCGCUGGUUAGCUGGGCUUCAGGCAGCAAGGACGAGAUGAUGGAGGAGAUGGAUGGAGCCGGUCAACGCGAUGCCCUACUUCGCCGCUGGGGUGAGCGUUGGCUAAGGGUGUUCCGCCGAAGGUCCGCCAUUGAGGAGGCCUUCAUUUUAGAGGCGAGCAAGGAGCAAGUUGCUCUUGACAACGCCGUCUGA